AUGAUUGACAAAAAGUUUUCAGGAAAUCACUUUAUGGAUUAUUGUCAGCUGCUUAGAAUCAAACCAGGAUUUUCACAGCAGUAUGAGAAAUAUGUCACAGAGUGGUUAACAGCAGAAGUAACAGCAGUAACUCUUCCAACAGCAGAAGUAACAGCAGUAACUUCCAACAGCAGAAAUAACAGCAGUAACUCUUCCAACAGCAGAAGUAACAGCAGUAACUCUUCCAACAGCAGAAGUAACAGCAGUAACUCUUCCAACAGCAGAAGUAACAGCAGUAACUCUUCCAACAGCAAAGUAACAGCACAGAAGAACAGCAGUAAACUCUUCCAACAGCAUAACAGCAGUAACUCUUCCAACAGCAGAAGCAACAGCAGUAACUCUUCCAACAGCAGAAGAACAGCAGUAACUCUUCAACAGCAGAAUAACAGCAGUAACUCUUCCAACAGCAGAAGUAACAGCAGUAACUCUUCAACAGCAGAAGUAACAGCAGUAACUCUUCCAACAGCAGAAGUAACAGCAGUAACUCUUCCAACAGCAGAAGUAACAGCAGUAACUCUUCUAACAGCAGAAGUAACAGCAGUAACUCUUCCAACAGCAGAAGAAAGUAACAGCAGUAACUCUUCCAACAGCAGAAGUAACAGCAGAACUCCAACAGCAGAAGAAAGAACAGCAGUAACUCUUCCAACAGCAGAAGAAGUAACAGCAGUAACUCUUCCAACAGCAGUAACACAGAAGUACAGCAGUAACUCUUCCAACAGCAGAAGAAACAGCAGUACUCUUCCAACAGCAGAAGUAACAGCAGUAACUCUUGUAACUCUUCCACAGCAGAAGAAACAGCACAGACGUAACAGCAGAACUCUUCAACAGCAGAAAGUAACAGCAGUAACUCUUCCACAGCAGAAAGCAGUAACAGCAAUAACUCUUCCAACAGCAGAAGUAACAGCAGUAACUCUCCCAACAGCAGAGAGUAACAGCACAGGAAGAAACAGCAGUAACUCUUCCAACAGCAGAAGAGUUCUUCUAACAGCAGAAGAAACAGCAGUAACUCUUCCAACAGCAGAAGAAAAAGCAGUAACUCUUCCAACAGCAGAAGAAGUAACAGCAGUAACUCUUCCAACAGCAGAAGCAACAGCCAGAAGUAACAGCAGGUUAACUCUUCCAACAGCAGAAGUAACAAGCAGUAACUCUUUCCAAACAGCAGAAAGAAACAGCAGUAACUCUUCCAACAGCAGAAGAAGACAGCAGUACUCUUCCAACAGCAGAAGGAAACUUCUCUUCAAAACAGCAGAAGAAGUAACAGCAGUAACUCUUCCAACAGCAGAAGAAACAGCAGUAACUCUUCCAACAGCAGAAGUAACAGCAGUAACUCUUCCAACAGCAGAAGAAACAGCAGUAACUCUUCCAACAGCAGUAACUCUUCCAACAGCAGAAGAAACAGCAGUAACUCUUCCAACCAGCCUAAGAGUAACUCUUCCAACAGCAGAAGAAACAGCAGUAACUCUUCAAACAGCAGAAGUAACACAAAGCAACAACAGUAAUUCCAACAGCAGAAGAACAGCAGUAACUUCCAACAGCAGAAGUAACAGCAGUAACUCUUCUAACAGCAGAAGUAACAGCAGUAACUCUUCCAACAGCAGAAGUAACAGCAGUAACUCUUCCAACAGCAGAAGAAAUAACAGCAGUAACUCUUCCAACAGCAGAGCAGUAACUCCCAACAGCAACAGAAGGAACAGCAGUAACUCUUCCAACAGCAGAAGAAACAGCAGUAACUCUUCCAACAGCAGAAGAAAACAUAAUCUUCCAACAGCAGUAACUCUUCCAACAGCAGGAGUAACAGCAGUAACUCUUCAAACAGCAGAAGAAGUAACAGCAGUAACUCUUCCAAUCGAAGCGGGCAUUGAAUCAGUGUGA